UGAGAGUAAAAUGGUGGACAAAUUGGUGUUUGGGAGAUUUAAGUGCAGGUUUAGGUCUACCAACUGGUGGUUAGGAGAUUGAACACCUUAACAAUCCUCAUCACCAACUCCCAGGAAGAAGAAGAAGGAAGUAACCUCUGAAGACUUACAGAUAAAGAGAUAAGGAGGGAGAGAUGGGGAGGGGAAGAGAGAGAAAGAUUUGUCAUUUAUCAUGGCUUCCUUUUAGAGGGUGAGGACUGGAGGGAAAGAGGGGGAAGUACUCUCACGUGCAAGAUGGAAUUUUGGGGUCUGAUGAUGGUAAUCUGAGAUGAGAAGGAGAGAGAGAGAGAGAGAGGGAGGGAGAAGGGUUUAAAAACUGGUCGUCGAAUUUAAUAUUGGCAAUUGGGGAAGCUGCCGAAGGAGGCGAGGGAGAAUUAAAUAUGCAUGUAAAACAAGGGAGGAAGGGAAAGGGGGGAGCUUUGUGUAUUUUGAAUUGAGGCCUUGGGAUCGGUUUGUCCCCGAACUGGGAGGAUUUUGCUCGGCCGAUCGGCUGCGAGUUCUUUGCUUUCUUGCUCCCCACGAGGCGCGCAGCAGGCGGCGGUAGCUGCCAUCCCACCCUCAUCUUUCUUCCUCUUUCUUUAUCCCUCGGGUACUAGAAAUUUGUUCUCACUUGUAUCCCCUCUUUCUUCAGCUCUCUCUCUCUCUCUCUCCGUAUCUUUCUUCUUUCAACCAGCACAUAUAUGACUGUUAUGUAGUGUGUGUCAUUCUUGGUUCUUCGAGUGAACCAGUUCUUCUUCCUGUGCGUCUCCCUCCGCCUCUCUCUUUCUGUCUCUAUCUCUCCAUCUGAUUUUUAGUUUUGACGAUGUUGGAGUUGGAUGGUGGGUUCAAGAAGCGGUUUUUGCCUUGUUGUUUUCUGUUCUCCACAAAAGAAGCUCUGUUCUGGAAAAUCCAUUGCCUUCUUUGUUAGUUUCAUUAGCUUGGGUAAGAUAUUAGUUUUGGAUCGUUCUUCUGUUCUUCUUUUUCUCAGGUUUGAUGAGUUGUGGCGUGCUCUUUUCUCUAUCCAUAUCAUGCUUUAAUUUCGGGAUGCAAGAUCCUUCCUUUUCCCCCUCUCUUGUUGGUUGGCUUUGUGAAUUAUGCUAUGUUGAGAUCACUUGUUGGUUGGCUAGGGUAAAGAAUAUGGAGAUUUUGUUGUUGGGUAUUGGAUUACAUGGGUGCAUAUGGGGGUUCUAUUUUGUUCUUCGGGAUUCUGGACCAAAGUCCUUUUCCUCACGGAUCCUAAAGAGAUCAACAGGGGACAGCUGUUUGGGUUCUUUUUAUCCUUUUCCCUUCUUUUUUAUUGCCCCUUUUGCUGUGGGUUGGCAUAAAUUGGUUUUGUUUGUGGUUCAAAGAGCUAGAAAAGUAGAACUGGAUUCACAUAAUAAAGGUCUAUUAGUUAUCUAAUCUUUGGACAUUGGCAAACAUGUAGCAACAGAACAAAGCCAUGGUUUUAUUGAUUAUUUGUCCUGGUUGAUUGAGAAUGUGUGUAUUGCAUGAGUGGAUAAACAAAGAAAUCCUAGCAGGGUAUCACUGGUUACUGCUUUCAUCGAUCAAGUAAAACGUAACUCUGAGCUCUGACUGUUGCCCUUUCUAUUCGUCCAUUUUGAUCUCCAUCUGUUUUUUUAUUUACUUUUAACUUGUUUGCCGUUCUCCAGAUUGUGUGCAAUUAUAUCCUCACAAAACAUCAGUUUGAUGAGCAGUAUAGGUUGAUAAGUAUGAAUGAUCAGUGGUAUAUAAAGAAACUUCACGUAAAUUUUCGGUGUGAGCCUUGCUUUGUGUUUCUAUUGGUAUAAAAACAUAUUUUGAUUCGGAAUGCAGCGAUUUGAACGCAUAUGUGUUCCCAUUGCUCUGCUAUUGCUUCUUCUGAUCAUUUGUUAUUCAUUAAUUGUUCUCGGUGGAAGCAUUUGAUCUCUGUUGAAUCCUUCCGAUUGUUUAUUUUCGUAUCUUCGCUGUAUUCCUGACUGUUGCAGCAGACUACAUUUCUUCUUAGGGUUGGAGCUUUCUGUGUCAAGUUCGUCCAGUUACUAUUUUGUAGCAGAAUCUGGCAAUGAGUUAUCAUCCUUCCACUUCCAAAGACCUUGCCAAGUUUAAAAUCAAGGAAAAGAAAAAUGUCCACGUUCUUUAUGAUGUCUAACAACCAAUGCGACACAACUCCAGAUCUUUGUCUGAAGGAUCAAGGACAUCCCCCAUAUUCUGAAUCAUCAGUUCCUGCCGACAUGAUGUACCUUAGUUUUUCGAAUUCUGGUGCGUAUGCAGAUGCAUCAGCUGGCAGUACUCAGACACAGCAGAAUCACAAUGAGCUUCCUGUUGCCACUACCAUUAUUUCGCAAGGCUUGACUGCAGGGAAUUCUGAUAUACUCAACUCAUAUCCUGGGGAUCAUGCUUAUAAUGCUUGGAAGGAUGGAAGAAACGAGAUGUUAUUUAUGCAGACAAUUGAUGGGUCCAUAAAUGUUAUGGAAGAUCAACAACAUGCUGAUGAUCCUCGGAUGAGUCUGCGGUCACAGUUGGGCAUCAUAAAUAGGCAGAGCUUGUCUCUACAGCAGUCCAGUGUUUCAGCCAUGCAAAAUCAAGGAUUAUCACUCAGCCUUAGCACACAAAUGCCAGUUCCUUCAAUCCAGUACCAGCCUAAUAGCUCAGAUAUAUCUUUCAUUGGUUCUCAUCAGUCAACUUCUGGAAAUGUUAGGCCAUUCAGAGAGGAAGGCUUUCAGAAUAAAAGUGUGCAUGGAAAUAUCUCCCCUUAUGGACUUUCAAGUCUUGCAAGCUCAAUUUCAAAUUCUAAGUACCUCAGGGCAGCACAAGAAUUACUUGAUGAAGUCAUUAAUGUCAGGAAGGCUCUGAGGCAAAAAGCAGAAAAGAACCAAUGUCUCUAUACUUCUGCUGGUUCCAUGACGUGUAACGAUGCCACUGGGGGAUCAAAAGGUGAAGGGAUGACUCCAAACCCUCAAGACGCCUCUGCUAAUUCUUCCAGUGAGCUCUCACCUUCUGAAAGGCAGGAUCUUCAAAACAAGGUCUCAAAUCUGUUGGGGAUGUUGGAUGAGGUUGAUAGACGGUACAAACAGUACCACAAUCAAAUGCAGAUAAUAGUGUCAUGUUUUGAUGCAAUUGCUGGUUGUGGGGCUGCUAAACCAUAUACGGCCCUUGCCCUUCAAACCAUUUCUCGGCAUUUUCGCUGCCUGAGGGAUGCCAUCAGUGGCCAAAUUCGAGCUACAAGGAAAAGUCUUGGAGAACCAGACAGUUCUAGUAAGAGUGUUGGGCUGUCUCGCCUUCGGUACAUAGAUCAGCAGUUAAGGCAACAGAGGGCCAUGCAGCAAUUUGGUAUGAUGCAACAGCAUGCUUGGAGACCACAGAGGGGUUUGCCAGAGUCAUCUGUCUCAGUUCUUCGUGCUUGGCUGUUUGAGCACUUCCUUCAUCCCUAUCCAAAGGAUUCGGAGAAGCUAAUGCUUGCAAGACAGACAGGCUUGACAAGAAGUCAGGUUUCGAACUGGUUCAUAAAUGCACGAGUUCGUCUUUGGAAGCCUAUGAUCGAAGACAUGUACAAAGAAGAAUUUGGUGAUGUUGAGAUUGACUCAAACUCUUCUUCAGAAAAUCCACCAAAACUGAAGGAAGACAUUCAAUCCUCGGAGGAUCAUGAAGACUUGCAAAACCAUGCAACUGGAAGAUGCCAAACAAGCCAGAUGAGUGACUCUUCAAGACCCAAUAUCAUCCCAGCCAUGGAUGUGGAUGAGUCAGCUGCUGGUUUCCAGAAUGGAACAGCUACACAAGACUCCUUUAUGAAUCUGAAAGCCAAUGACCAAAGAUCAAUUGGACAAGAUGCCAGCUUCUUACAAGAUGCUCUUGCACACCCAGACGGCAAUGGCAGAUUUUUAGCUUAUCAGAUGGCUGAGUUAGGCUGCUAUGGAAAUGGCGGGGUGUCCCUCACACUGGGACUGCAGCACUGCGAUGUCGGCCUUCCUAUAUCGGACAAUCAGCAGAGCCUUCUUGCCAUGAGAGGGAAUGAUGCUUACAGUGCUGCUGCUCCAGCUGGGGCUGAUACAGCUGAUUAUGAUUACGCGAACAUGGGAGAUCAGCGACACCGGUUCGGGUCAGCACAUUUGCUGCAUGAUUUUGUCGCUUGAAUUGAUUUGUGUUGGUGAUGAUUGCUAAUGAAGUUUCUGAACCAGAAUAAUUUGUUCCAAAUUGCCUUCCUAGGCAUUGCUUGCAACUCUAUAGGAGAAAGUGAGUUAGCAUGGUGAUGUAACAUAAGAGGUGGUGGGAUUAUAGGGUAGCAUAUUGUAAAGAUAGAAGCAUAAUUUUUGUGUAAUCUAAUUAAUCCUUGUGUUUUGUAUACUAUAUGGAUGGCUUUGGCUCUGCAUACAAUUACACAAUUGUAAGAAUAUUUGAUUGUAAGAAUUGUGAGAAAUGUGGUAUUUUAUUUAAAUUCUCA